GGUAGGGGUAGAGGGGGUAGGGGAGUGUCUGUUUUCUGGAAUAAUAAUUGCAGAGAAAGAAAGCUUCAUUUAUGUUUUCCAUAAACGCAAAUCCAAUAAUAUUUACAGCGGAUCAAUUAUAGGAGAAGGCAAAGAAGCUUCUUUUUAGAUUUGCUUCCACUCCCACUCUACAAAUUUCUUUAAGUUAGUGUUCAUUCAUGCACUUCGGAAGAUGGUGUCCUAUGUUGCUUCAAUAACCGGAAAUUAGUAAAGCAUCAAAAGCAGCUUCUUAAGAAAUGGAGUUGUUCUAUGCAGCACUAAUUUUGACAUGUUUUUUCUCUUUAGUGUCACCUGAUGGCCAAGGAGAUGCACUGUAUGCAUUGAAGGGGUCACUAAAUGCAUCAAGUGGUCAGCUCCCAGAUUGGAAUGAGAAUCAAGUUAAUCCGUGCACUUGGUCAAAAAUUACAUGUGAUGAUAGUUACAAUGUCAUCAUGGUGUCAUUGUCUAAUAUGGGAUUUUCAGGCACUUUAUCUCCAAAAAUAGGAGCUUUGAGGACACUUACUACACUUUCUCUGCAAGGAAAUGGCAUUACUGGUAAGAUUCCCGAAGAAGUUGGAAAUUUGACAAACUUGACAAUGUUGGACCUGGACAAUAACCAAUUAUCUGGAGAAAUACCACCUUCCCUUGGCAAUCUCAAGAAGCUCCAGUUCUUGUUCUUGAGUCAGAACAAUCUCACUGGGACAAUCCCCCAAUCUCUUUCAAGCCUCCCAAGUUUAACUAACCUGCAGCUCGAUUCAAACGGUCUUACUGGACAAAUACCUGAGCGUUUAUUUGAAGUCCCCAAAUACAAUUUUACAGGUAACCAUUUGAACUGUGGCUUCAAUUCCAGCCAUCGAUGUGAAUCUGACAAUGGAGGUGCUUCAAGUAAAUCAAAGACUGGAAUGGUUGCUGGUAUUGUUGUUGGAUUUUCGGGUUUUGUUCUUAUUGUAGGUUUACUGCUAUUUUUCUUCAGAGGCCGACAUAAAGGCUACAGGCGUGAGGUCUUUGUAGAUGUUGCAGGAGAAGUUGACCGGAGAAUUGAAUUUGGUCAAUUAAAAAGAUUUUUAUGGACAGAAUUGCAAAUUGCUACAGACAACUUCAGUGAAAAGAAUGUACUUGGACAGGGAGGUUUUGGGAAGGUUUACAAAGGUGUGCUCCCUGAUAAUACAAAGAUUGCUGUUAAACGGUUAACGGACUAUGAGAGUCCCGGUGGAGAUGCUGCUUUCCACCGUGAAGUUGAGAUGAUAAGUGUGGCUGUUCACAGGAAUCUCUUACGGCUUAUUGGCUUUUGUACCACUCCCACAGAGCGCCUUCUGGUAUACCCCUUUAUGCAGAAUUUAAGUGUUGCCUAUCGUUUACGAGAACUUAAACCCGGGGAGGCUGUUCUGGAUUGGCCUACAAGAAAGCGAGUGGCAUUGGGUACUGCACGUGGACUUGAGUACUUGCAUGAGCAUUGUAAUCCAAAAAUUAUUCACCGGGAUGUUAAGGCUGCGAACGUAUUAUUAGAUGAAGAUUUCGAAGCUGUUGUUGGGGAUUUUGGGUUGGCGAAGUUGGUAGAUGUUAGAAAGACGAAUGUUACGACUCAAGUACGUGGUACAAUGGGCCAUAUAGCUCCUGAGUAUUUGUCUACCGGGAAAUCAUCAGAAAGGACCGAUGUUUUUGGCUAUGGAAUCAUGCUUCUAGAGCUCGUAACUGGUCAACGUGCAAUAGACUUCUCUCGCCUUGAAGAAGAAGACGAUGUGUUAUUGCUCGAUCAUGUGAAGAAACUGCAAAGAGAGAAGAGGCUACAUGCUAUUGUAGACCGCAACCUAAACAAGAACUACAACAUCGUAGAAGUAGAGAUGAUGAUUCAGGUCGCGCUACUGUGCACCCAGGCAUCACCUGAAGAACGUCCCGCAAUGUCAGUGGUAGUAAGAAUGUUAGAAGGGGAGGGACUUGCGGAGAGGUGGGAAGAGUGGCAACACGUCGAAGUAACCCGUAGGCAAGAAUAUGAGAGGCUGCAGAGACGAUUCGAUUGGGGUGAAGACUCGAUAUAUAAUCAGGAUGCCAUCGAGUUAUCCGGUGGAAGAUGACAUUGGGAGAAAACUCCAAGCAAGUGUACAAUUCCUUGUAUUAGUUUUGCCUGAUUUGUUAUUAUAGUGUAUGUAUUUUCAACUUUCAAUUAAAUAGUGUGUAAUUGUUUCUUACCUUCUUCUUCACUCAUGUUAAUCUCAUUGUACUAAUUCACUUGAUUGUAUAUUUUUUUUUACACAAGAAAUUGGAAAUAUUUGGUACUUUA